CAGUCGCAUAAUAACGGUGUCUCGCCGGAACCGACCCGGUAACGGAACACACACGCAACACGCGUCUCGCCGUGUGUUGUACAGUGCGCGCGGCGUUCCUUCCGAAACAAACAACCACUGCGCCGCGCUAUCGGCGGUCUUCGUCACGUGUCUCGUUUCCGCCACGGUCGUGUUGUUCCUUAUCCGCGGGCGCGUGUACGAUAUCGCGUAUAUCGCCCGAAGUUCGUGUGCGGUUGCCGGUUCAGCGUGCGUUUGUCUGGAAAUCGAGAUUUUCUGUUUUCGUUCCCUCGGCUUUUGUUCGCGAAAACCGUUCGAGUGCCGACUUGAGAAUACCCGAACGCCGUCCGUGUGUUAUUGUUACGCGGAGAGUGCUCCGCGAACGUAUUUCGUCGAUCAGUCUUAAAACGAUAUUUUCUACGACGAGAGAACGCACAACACGCGCUUACCACCGUUAUUGCUUUUAAACGGCUACGCCUACAUUUCAAUAUCAUAUAAUAUAUUAUAAGUUUAGAAUAAUAACUUAUACUCAACAGACGACUGGGUUGCAGGAGGACACACCGGCUAAUUUCGAGAUGAGGACCCAAUCGUCGGUGUAACGCGCAGCGCACACAGAGCGAGGCUGAGACGCGUCGUCGUGCCCUGUUCCAUCACAACGUCGCCGCACAGCCGGACAGCCACGUGCCGCAGCGAUGGGCAACUCGAACAGUCACGGCAGCAGCACAUCGUACGCGACCGGCGGCGACGCGCGAUCGAUUCCGCCGCACUCGUGGGCGUACUCGUUCCCGCGGUCGCAGUACUUCAGGCAACCGACCACCGGGCCCAAAGUGCUACCGCCGCACGUGCCGGGCCAACAACGGCCGCGGCUCAGGGCCACCGAAAACGGAUCCAUGCUGCACGCGGCCGGCACCAUAAACGGUAAACGGCCGUACGAGUACUCGCACCGAGACGACAUCCAACAUGAUUAUGGAUACGAGAUUCAAAGACAUGUACCUAGGGAUGGAAGGCGAGAUCGUAUGGGGUACAAUAUGUAUACCAGCGAACCGGAUUUACGGUUUUCAGACUCCCGCCAACUCCCACCGAUGGGUUACCAACAUCAUCACAAUCAGGGAGACAAUGGCGCUGUCAAAGGCAGGAUGUCCCGUUCUAAAAAGAAGUAUAGAGCUCCUCAAGUGCCUCCAUCUUCAUCGCACCAUAAUGGAAUGGACAGCUCUUCACCGGACUCUUAUCAACAUUGGGAAAACCACAGAGAUAAUAGUAGAUCUAGUCAAAACAAUGGUAUGCCAAGAUUGAGAUUAUUUAAGACUAGAGCUGAGACAAAACGUAAGCUCAGUAGAGACGAAUUAAAAAACGCAGAAUUUCAGCCUGAAGUUAAACCACAACCUAGCAAUUUACAUCGAAGCAUGUCUUCCCCACAAUUUCAAGCCGAAUUGAAACGUGUGACGGAAAGGCUAAGAGAAAAGGAAUUCCGUCAUCCGCCCGUUGGCCGCGCUUCGGAGAGCUCGUCCAAUCCGGCUUCCGAGGAAUGCGCGGUCGUGGUCGCUGACAGUGACAAACAUCGAGAAAGCCCGGUGAACUCGAACAGACAACGGUUAAUGGCCGAUAGGGCCAAACGGAUGUCCAGGUCGAUACCGAAUCUCGCUACAAAAGUACAAGAAGACGAUGACGUCCGAUGCACGGGCGAGGGUUCGUCAGCCACGGGUUCCAACGACGAGAACAAAAGCCAUGAUAAGAGAGCAAAGCCAAAAACAAGCGUGCCAGAUAUUAAACCGAAAACAUUCUAUUUCGGUAUGAACGAGUUCAACGAUACGACAAAGAUCAGUAGAACCUCUGAAGACGUCGACCGAUUCGCUGAGAGCUUUAAUAAAACGAACGCUUCGCCGUCUGAUAGCAUUGCUAGCAGUGGCCCAACAGAUGAGAGUGGUGGUGACAUAUCUCUUCAACUAAGACCUACACUACCAAGAAAACAGUUUGAUAUCCCUAGAUUUAGUCCAACAGCUGCUUGGCGCUUGCUCACUGCUUUAGAAAGCCCUUCACCAGUUAGUCCUAAUUGUAGCGGAGGAGAGGAAGAUUUAAUACCAAUUAUAGAUCAACCUCAUAAUUCUGGUGAUAAAUCUGGGGAUAGUGGUAUUUCUGGAGAUGCUAGUCCUAAUUCAGCCCAUAAUUCACAGGUUGCUUGGACUCCACAGCAAGACUUAGAAGAAACAAGUUCAGAUGGAGGAUUGGAAGAUUCGGCACCAGUGUCACCUCAAAGUUUGGAUACCACACAAUUUUCAAGAAUCCGUACAGUUGCUAAACCAAGUUUCUGUCUAUCCUUACCCAGAGAUGAAAGUACAGGAAUUGAUAAAAGAUAUGGGCAAUCAAAUGAAGAUUUUUCACCAAUGAACCCGCCUAAAUCAAAUGGUUACUUCAAAUCUAAGUUACAUAGAGGAAAAGCAUCAGCAGAUAGAAACAAAUCACAUUUGGAUGAAAACUGGGUGUUGAGUAGAAGUGUACCAGAUUCAUUGCAUCAAUCAGGUUUAGUUGGCAAUUUUCCAUCUCAAAAUUGGAGUCAAUUAGAAUGUCCAACUAGAGAUGAACCUUCUGAUGAAGAAUUAGCUAUGUCAUCUUUACCAAAGUUUUCAUAUUUAGCUGCAGGCAGACGAGCUAUGUAUUUGCCAGAAUAUAAAUCGUUGAACUAUUUAUAUCAAAAGGAUAUGAAAAAUGUGCCUGAAAAUAAAGCCAUUGUGUCAAAGUCAUGUGAGGACCUUACAAGAGACGACCUGGAAGAUGAAGAGUUACCAGUCAUAAAUGAAAGAACAAAACAACAAAAAUCAACAAAUAAAAAGUUUGCAUUUCAAAGUACAAUAAGACAAAUUGAACGAAAAAAAAUAGCUGAAAAAUUAUCAAAAGAAGCCGAGUACAAAGAACGUCAGAGACUUAGUGAAAUGGAGGCUAUGCGUCGAGUGGAAGAAGAGUUUCAACGAAAACGAGAAAGAGAAAAAGCAGACAUUCGACAACAGUUGAGACUGUAUACGUUAACACAAGGUGAUAGAGAACCAGCACAACCUCUCCCAUCUGGUACUCAAGUACUCUCCGAAUUUCGGGAGUCAAGACGUGACUACAAAGAUUUUAACUCUUCCAGAGUUGAACAUGAACCUAAUAAUCGUUCAGAAACUCCAGUAAAAAAGUCAACAACUGUUCAUCCAAAAGUUGUAUACCAAAUGCCCAAAAGUACACCAGUGUAUGUGACACCGAAUACUGUACGCAAGCAGUGCAAUGGAACUGAAAAAGGAUCAUCAACGCCAACAUCUGGAAACUACAGAAGAGACUUUGCUCAAGGGGCCCUGCCACAUUCUGUGGCAAGUUCGGACUCAGAAGUGUCUGUGUCGAUUACUCGACCAACUUCACGUACAAAGCACAGAAGCAGAUCAGCCAGUCCAAUAUCUGAUCGAGAAAACAACGACAUUGGAAUAAAUCUUGAUUAUAUACAUAUCAUAAAAAGCUUAAAACAAAAACACAAUAACGAAACAGAAUUAAAUGAAGUUACCAAUGAAAAGAUUCCGGCUAGUUCUAUAGUCGGUUUAAAUUCUCUACAACCAUUUAUGAAAAAUAAAAAUUCAAUGUACAAACCUAUUGUUUUCAAUCCGAUAAACAAGAACAAAUUUGCUCAACCAUUGAUGUAGAUUUUUAUAUUAUUAUUUACCUAAUUUUUAAUGUAUUGUUAUUGUAUUUAAUUAAAAUAAUUUACUUGACUAAUUUCACUAGAAAUAAUUAGCUAAUUUUUAUAUAUACAUACAUAUUUUAUACAUAUAAAUACUAAAUAGUCAUGAUUAACUAACUUAGUUAAUGAUGUAAAUAGUAAUAUUCAGUAAUUAUACUUGGUAAGUCAAAUAAAUUAUUUAGUUUUAGUUAAUCCAAAUAUUUUG